UUUGCCAAGAAGGAGAGCUCUCCACCCGCCGAACGAAAACCGGAUGUUUGUGACUAGUGAAGCAAGCAGCUGUCACUGGCAUAGCUAACGUUAGUAGCCUAGCCAGCUAACAUCUUAGAAAGCCAUUCAGCGGGGAUCGAUUUCACAGACUGUACGGAGGCUGGCUGAGCACUUGACCAGACUUUAUUCCGUGUGGAGUCCCAUAGUACACCACCAUGUCUUCAGACCUUCUGGUUGACCUCAAUGAUGACCUUGGAGUAGAUGAUCCACCCAGCAAUGCGCUGGACCUGCUCAAAUUGUCUCCAAUGGGGGACAAGCUGUGGCCCCCAGAUGACUCCAGUAUGAGCAAGUCUGAGACGGACAUAUCCAAGCGAUUGGGGGAGGGGUCACACCUGACCUGGGACCACCCAUACUAUGAUAUUGCCAGGCAUCAGAUUGUAGAAGUAGCAGGUGACGAUAACUUUGGCAGGAAGGUGAUCGUCUUCAACGCCUGUCGAAUGCCCCCUCACCACGAACUGGACCACCACAAGCUACUGAUGUAUCUGAAGGCCACCCUAGACCAGUAUGUUGAGAGCGACUACACCCUCAUCUACUUCCAUAAUGGCCUCACCAGUGAGAACAAGCCAUCUCUCAGCUGGCUGAGAGACGCCUACAGAGAAUUUGACCGGAAGUACAAGAAGAACAUCAAGGCACUGUACAUUGUCCACCCCACCAUGUUCAUCAAGACUCUUCUCAUCCUCUUCAAGCCUCUCAUCAGCUUCAAGUUUGGACGAAAGAUCAACUACAUCAACUACCUGAGUGAACUGGAGGACAUUGUUAAGUGUGAGCAGCUAGUGAUACCCACCCGGGUGCGAGACUAUGAUGAAAAAAUCCGAGCCUCACUGAAAGCGUCAGUUCAGGCCCAGAUGUCCCCCCCCCGCAGUCCACCACUGCCCAAUCAACAGUUUGGAGUCCCCUUGCCAAUGCUAAGAGCGAGAAGAUCUGACAACGAAGCAGUUCCAUUAGUGAUGCAAGACACAGUGGCCUUCUUAAUGGAACAAGGUCUUGAAAUUGAGGGGAUAUUCCGGCGGUCAGCCAACGUGACCCUCGUUAAGGAUGUUCAGCACAGAUAUAACUCGGGUGAGGAGGUGAGUUUUUCCCAGAUGGAGGACGUUCACCUGGCAGCUGUCAUCCUCAAGACAUUCCUCAGAGAACUACCAGAACCCCUCCUCACCUACCAGCUCUACAACGACAUUGUCAACUUCCACAAUGUUGACAGCAGUUCCCAAGUGACUGCGAUCCGGAACAUGCUGGCAAUGCUCCCUGAGGAGAACUAUGCCUCCCUGAAGUUCCUCAUUGAGUUCCUGGUGCAGGUGUCUGCACAGAGUGAGAUCAACAAGAUGAACAACGCCAACCUGGCAGUGGUGUUCGGACCCAAUCUGCUAUGGGGACAAGACGCGGCCAUGACGCUCAGUGCCAUCGGCCCCAUCAAUAAUUUCACCAGAACUCUGUUGGACCAACACCACAAGGUCUUUUCCCCGUAACACGUCUCCUGUACAGCUAUCUCUAACCACGCCACAUUUCAUUCCGUGUUUAAAUCCCCAUCUCUGACCCUGUCUCUGUAUUGGUCUAGUACAGUGUAACUGUGUCUCUCCCAGUGUCCCCUAGUAGUGUUGCCAAAUGCAUGAGUGUAUUGUGACUGAGGACACAGAGAGAGAAGGAAAACAGGGGAGACGAACCGUUGAAGAUGCCAAAAGAGGCCAAAAGUCAGUUUAGAAGUCAGGUAUGAAGAAGGCUUUAAUGUCUCCGCCAGAUAUCUAUCACUCAGGAAAGGUUCAACACAGUGUACACGAUUUGGUCUUUAAAACAAUUGGAAUAACCGAAACCAGUUCACAUCUGUUCUGGUUUGAAUCAUAUCAAAUAUUUAUUUUGAUGGUACAGAUUUCUGAGAACAUUUAUGCAAUGUUUUGUAUCUGGGGAGCAAAAUAUAUUUCAUAUUAAUUUACUUGGUAUGUCUAGUCCUAUUUGCGUUGGAACAAAUCAUUUUAGAAUUUCAUAAAUGAUCGGUCGCUACACUCAAUGUGCCAGUGUACUCCGGUAUUCGAUGUAGUCUAAAUUCUUUCUGGAGUUUAUAUUUUGGCACGUCUUAUUUAAGUAUCAUGGUUAUGCGUAAAGCUACAGUCUAUCGCAAAAUAAAACCAUAAGUGUGUAUCUACGUUU